AAAGGAGACACAACAUUCAGCACUCUUGUUCACCAAUUACACAAGUCUUUGGUUACACAUUAUGCAAAGGGGGGAAAGAACUUGUAUGAUCCAGACGAAAUGGAGAAAUUCUGUGAAGUUCAUGCUCCAGGCCUGUUUGAAGACAUCUUCCAGGCUACCUUGAAUGAUGACAAACAAACCCCCUCCAUUAAGAGAUGCAAUCUCCAGCGGAUAAGAGUAGUUUCUCUUCUGCAUAACCUCAGCUUUUUCAGAAAUCAGGUAUGGUCCCCAUUUCCUACGAACAAAAAUGAUGUUAAAACUACUUACACACAUCAUAAUAGAAUUAAACCACAUUAAAGGAUAAGGGAGAAGACGCCAACUUAUAUGAACAACACUAUUUUUUUCCUUCUUUCUUCCAAGAGAAAUAAUCUUUUAAAAAAAGAAAAAUAAGGAAUCUGUCUCUGGUGAUAACAGAAUACAAAUAAAACUUUGAAAGUAUUUGAAAGUAGACUUGUUACAUGUGAACAACCAUCCACACACUCAGAGAUUAUUUGUCAUGGGAAAAAAUGAUAGGAUCUUGAAAAAAUUAAUCAUAUUUAUCUAAUGAUGUUUCAUUGGCAGAAAAACUGCUCAAUGCAAAAAGCGAAUGGUCUUCAACUUAAAUUAAGUGGAGCAAGUUACUCCUCACUGAUGUCUGGUAUGGUCCUUGGAUACAGUUGCCAUCCUCAUUCUAUAAACAAUUAUGAGAAAGCUUUGGCCACAACAAACAAAGAAGAAGUGAGAAAAAAAGUGAAAAUUGCAAUGAAGGUAUAA